AUGUCUCAAACCUCUCAAUUGAGCUCACUACAAGCAUCGGACAAGAGGCCCUGCAGCUUGGCCGCUGAGCUGAAUCGGCUGCCAUGGACAAACCCCGAACACUUUGCCACAGCAUCAAAGUGUGGGAUCCUCUUCCGUGAACAGUAUGAAGUAACUGGCAAGCUCCAUGACAUUGCGAGGGCAGUUUAUUAUGGGCGAUAUGUUGUCGCGCACAAGGACGGCAUCAUGCCAAAACUCCAGCUCAUACUGUCUCUCAAUAAACGUUUCACGCACGACCACAAUGAAGCAUUUCUCAACGAGAGUAUGAGCCUAGUCGAAAAUAUCAGGAUGUCUGGUAGCAUAUCGGAGCUUCGAUAUCGUGCCGGCGGUAUGAAUAUCUUACACUGCCUGUCACAAACGCGAAAGCUGCAUUACUUCUAUAAUGGAACCAGCGAGCGGACUACAGACCUGAGUGCACGGCUAUCUGCAGACUAUAAGCAUCAUAGAGAAAUGCCAUAUGAUGUACUUCUCCGUCGUGCUCAAGACAAUAAUCCUGGUGCAAACGUCAAUUCUCCAGAAGCUAAGCGGGCCGAUCGGCUUUGGCUGUGGUCUCAGCAACACAAAGUCGAGGAUGAGGAGGAUUUCCAAAGCGGUCUGGGAUAUUUGACGGAGGCAGAGAAGCUUGUGAAUAUCUAUUGUCCGAGCUUCUAUCAUAUCUAUCGGUCUAUCAUCGAUCUCCUACGUGAAUCAUACUUCAGCACCCUGAGAUUGGAGAGGCUCGACAAGGCCAUUGCAUAUACAAAGAAGGCUACGGAGGCAACCUCCGUUUCACCAACCAGAUGGCCAUAUUCUUCAGCGACCUUGGGUUACACUCUAAAUUGA